UGCUCAGCGGUGAGCGGUUCAAGCUAGCGAUGGGGGCCAUGCUGACAUCACAGCUGGGCCUAUAAGGCCUUCGCAUGCAACCAUUACGAUUUCACCACAAGGAGAAAGAAGAUGAUAGCGAGGAGGAGCAGAAAGAGGCCCCGAUUUCUGCGGAGGAUGCGGCCAAGAUCAUUCAGUCGCACUGGCGGAAAGCUGGGGGCGCAAAACGCACAAUCAGAAGAAUUGAGACACAGAGAACGGACAGAUUGCCGCCGCAAGACGUCGAUAGGCCGUUCUACACCCACACCCUGGGACUUACCUUUGUGUCACAUACACAGAAGAGGAUGGAGGAGGAAACGAAAAGCCUGGCAGAGAAACUAUUUCUAUUGCUGAGCGAUCCAAACAGCUCCUCCGCUGCUCAAUUAGUGUCGAUUGUCAUAGUUGCUUUCACCGUGCUUUCGAUUUGUGGCUUUGUCCUGGAAACAGACCGGGAGCUGUACGAAGUGAAUCCAGAUGUUUGGCUUGCUCUGGAAGUGGUGUGCACGAUGGUAUUUACUGCCGAAUAUUUGGCACUUUCAUUCACUUGCCGUGCGGCCGGCAUACCUUUAGUGAAGUUCAUUACUGCUCCCAGCAGUAUUGCAGACUUGAUCGCAUUACUGCCCUUCUAUGUGGAGGUCAUUUUGCGCUCUACCGGUUUCACCCACACCACGGUACUGAAGGCUUUCAAGGUUGUUCGGCUCAUUCGUGUGGUACGGGUUUUCAAGCUAGGCCGCUACGCGGCUGGCAUGCAGAUCAUGUGGAAGGCCGUUGUCGACUCCAGACAAGCUAUCUCAGUCCUACUCUUCCUUUUGUGUACUGGGGUUGUGGCGUUCGCGAGCACCCUGUACUACUUGGAGAGGUUAAGCUGCCCGAUGAGAGAGGUGAUGGACGAGAGUCAGCUUGCGCUAUACUUGAAUGAAUGUUCUGACGUCUUCAAUCGCGGAGUGUCGCCGAGCCAUGGCUUGUGCUGCACGGAGGACAACUCGCCGGUGGACAUGCCCAGCAUCAUUGCGGCAUGUUGGUGGGCUGUUGUCACGCUGACCUCGCUAGGAUAUGGGGACAUGUACCCGAAGACGCUGCAGGGCAAGUGCGUAGGGGUGCUGGCGAUGAUCGCGGGCUUGCUGCUCAUAGCGCUGCCCAUCGCUAUCAUCAGCCAGAAAUUCCAGGACAUCUACGAGGUCAAUGACAAGGAGGAGGCCAAGAACCGUGCUGCCCAAAGGAUGAAAGGCGCACCGCAUGAGACGUGGACCCUGAUACCUGGUUCCGACGUCGUUAGAAGGCUGAAGGGUCUAUCCAUCAAGGAUCCAGAAGCUCGGGAGGCUAUUCAAGACAUGAUGAAGUCACUGGAGGAAAUCUGGGAGCGGCGCGAAGCACUAGAACGUGAGCGAAAGUAUGCCAUGUCGCAGAUGAUGCGCUUCCACAAGGGCUUCGACAAGCUGCUUGUGGGCAUGAUGUCCUCCGACAAUUUGUAGCCGAUGCGGAAUGAGGCCUCUGAAGGGUUGGCGAUCAGCGACCCUGCAUAUGCAGGCCCGAGCUUUAAAGUUCCCUCUGGGCCUCGUCGCGCUGGCGAGUUUCUGAAGAACAUGGGU